AUGCAAUUACCUCCAGCAUCUCAAAAGCUCCCCUUUACUAAUACUCACCAGCCCUUCUUCUAUAACACAACCGAUAACGAAAAAGAACUAAUCAUUCCCGCCAUCAACGGCGUAAAAUCAAUUCUCUCCGCCUCCGCCAAACAACCCGCCAUCAAACGGAUCGUCCUUACAUCCUCCUUCGCCUCGGUAGUCGACGUAACAGCCACCCCACCCCAAGACUUCACCUACACAUCCGCCCACUGGAACCCCCUAACCUACGCAGAAGCAAUCGACCCAAAAUCAACCUCAGUAGUCGCCUAUCGCGGCUCCAAGAAAUUCGCUGAACAAGCUGCUUGGGAAUUCGUCGCAUCCCAAAAGCCAAAUUUCGACCUAGUAACUCUCUGCCCGCCCAUGGUCUUCGGUCCGGUCGUCCACCCCGUCCCGACGGUCUCGGAUCUGAAUGAGUCGAACUCCGUUCUCUGGAGUGUGGCUGCAGGCGCUGACCCACUGCCCGGUGCGCGUGUGCCGGCUUGGAUUGACGUGCGUGAUCUUGCUGAGGUGCACGUUCAAGCUUUGCUUUCGCCGGAGGCGGGUGGGAAGAGGUUUAUUGCUGCUUCUGAGGAGCCUUUCUCGUAUGACCUUGCCGCAGAUAUUAUUCGCGAAGAGUUCCAGUGGGCUGCUGAUGUUGUUACUCAAAAUUAUACUACGGGGAAAUUGCCGAUUGCUCCUUAUGGGGUUGACGGCGCGACUGUGGCAAAGGAGUUGGGGAUUAAGUACCGCCCUUUCAGGGAGACUGUUGUUGAUUUGGUUGGACAGAUUAGGAAGCUUGGGCAGUGA